AGAACGCUUUAAAACGCGCACCUGCCGGCUCACGAGCUCCAAAUGUGAGCGAGGAAAAAGAGGAAGGAAAAGAGGAAGACGGUGUAGAAAUACGAGCAGAGAGGUGCUUUUCGUCGUCUCUUACGUUACUGGACUUGUUGAAAGUUUGUUUACGUGAUGACAAGAGAACUAACACAGACUAGGAUCCAAAAGAUCUGGGUUCCAUCCAGGGAUGAGAAACAAGCAGUGCCUCGUAAAUCUAGUGGAGGUCCCGCUUUGGCCAACUCCCCGUUAGUCAUAGUGAUGGUUGGUCUGCCUGCCAGGGGCAAAACGUACAUGUCUAGGAAACUUACUCGCUACCUCAACUGGAUCGGCAUCCCAACCAAAGUUUUUAAUGUUGGCGAGUAUCGCAGAGAGACAGUAAAGAACUACAGCUCAUACGACUUCUUCAAAUCAGACAACACGGAGGCAGUCAAAAUACGAGAACAAUGUGCCUUAACUGCCCUCCAAGAUGUCAAGCUGUACCUCACUGAGCUGGGUGGUCAAGUUGCAGUUUUCGAUGCUACAAACACCACCAGAGAAAGAAGAGACAUGAUCCUGGAGUUCGGUGCUGAGAAUAGCUUUAAGAUCUUCUUCAUUGAGUCUGUAUGUGAUGACCCCAAUGUCAUUGCAACUAACAUCAUGGAAGUGAAGGUCUCCUGUCCUGACUACCAAGACUGUAACAAAACAGACGCCGUAGAAGAUUUUCAAAAGCGGAUCGAGUGUUACAGGGCAAACUAUCAGCCUCUGGAUCCUGAUGAUUUUGACAGGAACUUGUCCUUCAUCAAGGUGAUCGACGUGGGUCGCAGAUUCCUAGUGAACUGCAUCAAAGAUCACAUCCAGAGCCGCAUCGUCUACUACCUAAUGAACAUCCACGUCCAACCACGCUCUAUCUACCUGUGUAGACAUGGUGAGAGUCAACACAACCUGCAGGGCCGACUGGGAGGAGACUCGGGCCUCUCUAAACGUGGUAGAAAGUUCGCUGGAGCUCUGGCCAAGUUUGUCUCAGAGCAGAAUCUGAAGAAACUGAAGGUAUGGACAAGCCAACUAAGGCGAAGCAUUCAGACAGCAGAGGCGCUGAACAUCCCGUACGAGCAAUGGAAAGCCCUAAACGAGAUCGACGCAGGUGUGUGUGAAGAAAUGACCUAUGAAGAAAUACGGGAGCGAUACCCAGAAGAGUUCUCUCUCAGAGACCAGGACAAGUAUUAUUACCGCUACCCCACUGGGGAGUCCUACCAGGACCUGGUGCAGCGUGUAGAGCCAGUGAUCAUGGCGCUUGAGAGGCAGGAGAACGUUCUAGUCAUCUGUCACCAAGCUGUUAUGCGCUGCCUCCUUGCCUACUUUCUAGACAAGAGUGCUGAUGAGAUGCCGUACCUAAAGUGUCCACUUCACACCAUAUUGAAGUUGACUCCAGUGGCUUAUGGAUGUAAAGUAGAGUCCAUCUCAUUAAAUGUUGAAGCAGUAAACACACACCGGGACAGACCUGAGGAGAUAAAGGGAAGUCAAGGCACGUUAAUUAGGAGGAACAGCGUGACUCCUCUCACGAGUCAUGAACCCACCAAGAAGCCUCGUAUCGAUAGCCUAGAUGACACGGUCAUCCCUGAACUCGCUCCAGCACCGAUGAGCUUCUGUGCCAGUGCAAACAACUCCCUUGCUCUGUCCACACAGCAAUGGCUUGGCCAAGCUUGUCUGACCUGAAACAUCACAUCACCGAGAAACACGCCCAGCUCUGUCAGUGAGGUGGAUGACGUCGCAUGACAUUGCAUUGCUUUGAUGACAUUCUGAUGGGAAUUGACAGUAACUUGCAGUGUAGAAACAAUCUGAGUCUCUCCAUGCAAGGACAAGGACAAAAAAUGGGCACUGAGCGACUUUUUACACUCAAAGGGGAAUUAUGAAGCACCUGUGUGUGUGUGUGUGUGUGUGUGUGUGUGUAUGUAUGUAUGUAUGUAUGUAUGUAUGUAUGUAUGUAUGUAUGUAUGUUUCCAAAGCACACUAUGCCUCAUGUAAGGCCAUAGAUACAAAGUUCUUUACAUAUCUUUUUAUUGUCUUAUGAUUGUUAUUAUUUCCUGAGUACUGCUGCUGGCUUUAGGAAAACAAAUUUGUUAUAGUUGUGUUCAACAAAUGUACGUUUAAUAAUUUCGGAACAUUUCUGUGAUGAAAGAGGUGUACGUAUGAUUUCCAUGUUGCUAGUUGUUAACUGGAAUCUGUUUGUCUUGACAGGGUAUUUAUGAUUGUUUAUUGCAAUGAAAAGGAGGGGAUUUUUUUUUUUUUUAAUAACUUGAAGUGUGACUGAACAAAUUCCAUAGUGCCUAGUGCUUCGGCUUCCAGGCCGACGAUGCUUUCCGGAUCUAAUGAUCGAAGAUCGUACUAUUAUCCUAUGUUUCUAAGGAGAAAGUGACACGCGUUUAAUUUCCAUAUGCAGUUAAUGUAAACCAAAUGUUUACUGUUUGAAUGCCAUUGAUUUCUUUAUAUAUUUCAUAGGCAAAAACAAGCUUUACUAUUUACCAUGUCAGGCAAGUAUUAUUUCUAGAAUUUAGUGAAGAUUUCAUGCACUUUGAGGAGCCGUGGUUAGGCCCAAAUGCUAUUUCUAUAAACCUAACAGUGUUGGUGCGAUGUACUUUAUUGCUCUUAAACACAGUAAGAGGUACUAUUUUCUGUUUGCUUUGGACUUGAAUACUGUGUUUUGUAAUGCUGUAUUUUUUUUUUCUUCUUCCUGUUAAACUAUUUAUUUUUUAAAUACAACUUUUCAUUAGUAUUUUGAAUAUAAAGCACCCUUGUUGAGAUUACUGCCACACUUGCAUGGCUCUUUAACACAAUGUUAGAUAAGGAAAAAAAUGUAUUUGAUAGACUAAUAAAUAACCUGAAGGAAA